ACCUUUUAGUCUCAUGUUAGGGUGUCUAGGAAGUACAUUUUUUACGCUGUUCAUACUAGCCUGGUGUGGAGGGACUGUUUACUUCAUGUACGCAGCGGCCAAGGAUCUCGACUCCUCUCUUCACUACGCCCCCACCAAUUGUACCAUCACAAGUAUGCAUUACGACAGCGACAAUACCCUGUAUAUGUAUGCCAACUAUACUUUGCCGGGCAACAAUUUCAACUCUACUGCUUUCGUGAAUAACGUCGAUGAUAAUGCAAACUAUUUUGUUGGCCAAACCCUUUCAUGCUUCUACGCCUUGCACGACCAUUCAUACUUGAUGGCACAAGUUGGCGUCCAUGCUGGCGUAGUCGUUAUGAUGGUCUUUUCUACUAUCAUGUGCAUACCGGUGGCCAUUGGAGCAGUUUUUGUCCUCAGCAUGCCUGUAAUCAUUAUCAGCCCCAUGGUUGUCAAGUUGGCAAAAUCGAUUAAAGCUUUUGCCUGUGAAACUGGAGUAAAGAUGAGUACAAUCUUCAAGAGAAAACCUGAUAACGGUCAAGACAAUUGCGGUGAUUCAACGCCAAGUAGAUCAAUCGGAAGCUCCGUCAUUGGUUACCUUAUGCUACCAGUAAACUAUUUCAAGGCUGCAUUGGGAUCCUCAGCAUCAUGGCUGAAAGCAAAAUUCACUCGCAAUAAGCUCGGCAAGGGUCAACAGCAGGAUAUGUACGAUCUGGAAGAUCAAGGAUCAUUGAAAAGUCGAGCUAGUUCGGGCUAUAGUUUCAGAUCCAGCAAGAAACUGCUUUCACAUUCAAAGAGUCAGCGUAGUGACAUGACUGAUCAGUCUUCAGUUGAGACGAGAUCAUUAUAA